UGGUGGCUAGCUUCACCGGUUUUCGCUGUCAGUCACCCGCUGCUUAAUUUGGUCGCACGUCACUCAGUUUGUACUCGAUGUAAAUUGGAGGCUCCUGCGGACCUGCACGAUAGCGACCCUGCGGCGUGUCCAACUAUUUUUGGCGUUUUAAUUAAACCGCUAAAAUGAGAGAGGGAGUGUGUGUGGUGUGAUCCAGCCUUCGGUCUGUAGCCAUGGAGAAGCCCUGGAGGCUGUGGGGGGCAGUGGAGCGUUGUGUCCUGACUCUAGCCUCCUGGUCCUGGGGUGCCUGUCGCAUCUCCCUCCUGGCCCUUAUCCUUACCUUCCAUCUCUAUGGAGGAUUCUUUCUCCUGGCUCUUAUCUUAGCCUCUGUUGCUGGCAUCCUUUACAAGUUCCAGGAUGUGCUCCUCUACUUUCCAGACCAGCCCUCCUCCUCUCGCCUCUAUGUUCCCAUGCCAACAGGGAUUCCACAUGAGAAUGUGUACAUUCGCACCAAGGAUGGUGUGAAACUCAACCUUAUUCUGCUCCGCUACACUGGAGGAGACACCCCUCCGGGGGUUACCCCUGGAAAUCAAACCGGCCCCCCCUCCUCUGCCCCGCCCACCAUCCUUUAUUUCCAUGGUAAUGCAGGCAAUAUUGGGCACAGAGUACCCAAUGCACUGCUAAUGCUGGUCAAUCUGAAAGCCAAUGUGGUGCUGGUGGACUAUCGUGGCUAUGGGAAGAGCGAGGGAGAGCCAAGUGAGCAUGGGCUAUACUUGGAUGCUGAGGCUACACUGGACUAUGUCAUGACCCGGCCUGACCUGGACAAGACCAAGGUGGUGCUAUUUGGCCGCUCAUUAGGGGGUGCUGUGGCUGUGCGUCUGGCCUCAGUCAACCCCCAUCGCGUAGCAGCCAUUAUUGUAGAAAACACCUUUCUCAGCAUCCCCCACAUGGCAGCCACACUCUUCUCCUUUAUGCCCAUGCGCCUUCUGCCUCUAUGGUGCUACAGGAACCAGUUUCUGUCCUACCGGCAGGUGGUACAGUGUCGCAUGCCCUCUCUAUUUGUGUCGGGUCUUUCGGACCAGCUCAUCCCCCCAGUAAUGAUGAAACAACUCUAUGAGCUGUCGCCCGCACGGACUAAACGCCUGGCAAUCUUCCCAGAGGGGACACACAACGACACCUGGCAGUGCCAGGGCUACUUCGCUGCCCUGGAGCAGUUUAUUAAAGACCUGCUAAAGAGCCAUGCUCGAGAGGAGAGUGCCCAAUCCUCUGCCAGUGUCACCAUCAUCUAAAACAAGUCGAGAAAAGACUUGAGUAGAUUAUGGGAUGCAGGGACUGAAGGCUUAUGGAAGGCUACCAUUAGUUGUAUUAACUUAAGAGAUUUUUGGACAGAAUGUACACUUUUGUGCUUUUUUCUGUUUUUUCUUUGGGGGUUUUUUAUUCACUUUUUUACUUGUCUGUAAAAGUAUCAUAUUGAAAGAAAAAAAAAAGGACUGGUUUAAUUUGAUUUUUUUGGAGGCUGUGUGGCAGGGAGAGGAUGACAUUGCCUUUGUAUGUCCUUUAGUGUUACAGCUAUGAAUGCAUCUAUUUAUGGCCUUUUAUGAAUGAUGCAAAAACACGUGCUCAUACUGCAAGACAGCCGAUGUAGACGUUAUAUCGAAAGCAAUUGAACUACAAUAACAUUUUCACCUGUAACAAAGAAAUGAGGACCUGCAGUAUUUCACUGAUAAGAUGUUGCUAAUGAAAUUUGAAAUUCAGCACGUGUUUUAUCUAAUAUGUUUGAAACCAAACCAUGAUUAAAGGUGUUGUUGUUUUGUUUUGUUUCCCCCCCCCCCCCCAAGCAAAAUGCACUGUCAUGUUCAAGAUUGAGUGUUUCAGGUGACGUUAACGGAGCAUCAGAUGUUUUGUUGGUGUGUGUGUUUAUAGGGUUAGUGAGUGGGAUGCGUACUUGAGUGCUUGCAAGAGCUGGCUUGGCUUGUCAUCACAGUAGAUUGAUUCCUGUUUUACCUCCUAGCAAGUGUUAUUGGACUUCCAGAAUUUUUGGCUAUGAAAACAGCGUAGUUUGGUUGGAGAAUGUGCUGUUAAAUCAAUUUUAAGUCAGACAAAGGAAGUGCUAUCUUCGAUAAAAUGAUAAGUGGGAUUAAGGUUGUUUGACGCACAUCCCCACAUCAUAAAAAUGCAACUUCAUUGAUUGAUUAAAUUAUGGGUUUCAGAUUUAAUUCGAGCUGUUUUACUGGAAGAAUAAAGAUAAGAUGUUCUGCCGAUCCACUUACCAAACACAACUGGCCAACUAGCUCAUCUUCACUCUUGUUUUGGGCUGAAAUUACUGUCAGCCCUAAAUGUUUUGGGCACUGUGCAUUUUCACCACAUGUCUGUAUUUGAGGAUUUGAAUCUGAGCUGUUUUUUUUUCACCUGAAACUAGGGAAUAUUCCUUAUCUAUGGCCAUCGGCGUUGUAAUUGUUAAGUCGAGGAGGCGAGGUUCUCGCCUCACCCCGUGCUCAUGUGGUGAAAUGGCUUUACUCUCUUGGAGGGCUUUAAACGAGCUAAUUAACCUUUCCUGCGUGUCUUCCAGGGAACGAAGCCAAGCAAGAGGAACAAAACAAUGUCCUCUUCCUGCUCUCGUUCCCUAAAUGCAGUACAAUGCACUGCAGUGGUAUCAAAGCCAUUCAAACAGACUCGACAGAGAUUUGCUUACAUCAGCCAUAUUUGAUAUUGUAUGCUAAUCAAAAAUCCAACAAACAACAAAAGACCAAAUCUGUUUCUGUUCGACAAGCUAGUACAUGAAUGUACAGUGUGCAUAUUAAUCAACCAGUGUGCUUUACGAGAAAUAAUGUAUACAUUGUCCUUUUUCUCUCCCUUUUUCUUCGUUUGCUUUAUUUAGUUGUGGAAACUUGGGUUUUGUUUUUGUUUCUUUUUCAACAGCAGCUCACUGGAUUUCAUCUAUUUGUACAAUACCAAAUACAUAGAGUCAAG